AUUGUAUUGAUUAAGAGUUCGACAGGCCGUAUAUGCCCAACGCACGAUUCUGCAAUCACUGCCAGUUCUUGGUUCUUUUUGUUCUUCUUGCUUCGUGCUCGGAUAUAUGGUAAUCCAGGGCAUUCAUAAAUGUGUCAAAUUCUCGGAUGAUCAGUCGUCUGAGCUCGGACACGCUACUUCUACUUUCCUUGGUCCAUGGAAUAGUCGCAUCGCGCCCCACCCGAACGGCUCAGACGGAUAAUAGAUGCGACAGAGCCAUUGCGUCGCAAGCCAUUCGAGCUUCCAUAGAUCUGUGGAACGUAGCCUAUCAACUGUCAAGCUCAGAUCCAGACAUGCCGCUUAUGUACUACCUGGGCGAGCAGAUAACGACCUCUCGAAGUGAAUUGAAUACUGUCUGAUGGUUAUCUCUUCGUACUAGGGUGACUCUGAUUAAUAUCAGCGGGUGUAUUGAUUGAAACAGAUCGUUGCAAGAGUCCUAAUGCACAUCUGAC